AUGUCAAGCCCCGCGGCGGCGAUCGCAGUGGUGACCGAGACCAAGGUGGACAGCGACGAUGAUGUGGAAUUACUUGAUGUCAACCCCGCGGCGGCGAUCACUGUGGCUCCUAAAACCAAAGUGGACGUGGACAGUGACGAUGAUGUGGAAGUAGUUGGUGUCAAGCCCGCCGUUGGUGUCGCCACCUUGCUUUGGCAGCUAAGACCGCUAGUUCUGGCACUCCUGGCAAGAAAGUGGUCGUCCUCUUUCAAGGUUACGAUCAUCCCAGCGACUCGGAAAGAUUCAAAUGUCAAGAUCACGACAUGCAAGCCUGCAAAUCCAAACUGUGUCGGUCCAACCAAUGAAACAUGUUCCAAACCAAUGCGGUAG